AUGGCGCCCGUUUUCAAGGUUGCAGUAGUCCAGCUAUACCCCAAACCGCUGGACCCGGAGCACAACUUCAACAAAGCAGCCAACUUCAUCCGCUCCGCCGCCGCCCAAGGCGCUGAGCUAGCUGUCCUUCCAGAAUACCACCUCACCAACUGGCUGCCGAAAGAUCCGAGCUUCGUUGGCUUGUGCGAGCAGUGGGAGACGUAUCUUAGGAAGUACCAGGAUCUGGCGAAAGAGUGUGGGAUUUGUAUUGUGCCGGGGACUAUCGUUGAGAUCCAUAAAGAGAACGAGAAAGAGGAGGACAGGCUGUUGAACGUGGCGUAUUUCAUCGGAAACGAUGGGAGUGUAGUGGGCAAGUACGUCAAGAAGAACCUAUGGGGCCCAGAGCGCGACCACCUCACCUCCUCCACCCACGCGCCGCACCAAGUCUUCAGCACCCCCAUCGGCAAAGUCGGCCUGCUCAUCUGCUGGGACCUGGCGUUCCCCGAAGCCUUCCGCGAGCUCAUAGCCGCCGGCGCCCAAAUCAUCAUCAUCCCCACCUUCUGGACGCUCCACGACUGCACGCCCGCCGGCCGCGCGCUGAACCCCAACGCGGAAGCGCUGUUCCUCGACUCGGUGCUCACGGCGCGCGCAUUCGAGAAUACGUGUGCGGUGGUGUUUGCCAACGCCGCGGGACCCCCCGAGUUGGGGUAUGCGGGGCUGAGUCAGGUGACGGUGCCGUUUGUGGGACCGCUGGCUAGGUUGGGGUCAAGCGCCGAGGGGAUGCUGGUGGUUGGUGUUGAUGUGGGGGUUCUGGAGGAUGCGGAGGUUUGUUAUGGGAUUAGGGCGGAUGUCAAGGGGGAGGACUGGCAUUACGAGUAUCGGCAUUCUAGGUGGGAGGGGGAGAGGGGGUAG